AUGGCGCAGUGCCGCCCUCGGACCCACGUGGUCCUGAAGACCCACAAGACGGGGGCAGGCAGCGUCGGGUUCAACGUCCUGCACCGCUUUGGGGAGGGGAGGGGGCUGCGCUUCGCCCUCCCCCACCAUUAUCAGUUUGGAAAAUACCCAGAAACCUUCAGGGCCGAAAGGGUGAAGGGCUUCAAAGAGGGGGGGGCCCCAUUCGACAUCAUCUGCCACCACAUGAGGUUCAACCACAGCGAGGUGCGCCGUGUGAUGCCCCCCGACAGCUUCUACUUCUCCAUUGCCCGUGACCCGGCAGCGGCCGCCGAGUCGGCGUUGUCCUAUUACCGCUCCUCAGUCCCGGCCUUUCGCCGCGCUCCAUCGCGCUCCGCGUUCCUGCUGACCCCAUGGCUCUACUACCAGCCCGGCCUCAAAGGGAACCACUACGCCCGCAACCUGCUCUGGUUCGACUUCGGCCUCCCCUCCAUAUCCCCGUCCAACAUGGCGGCCGUGGCGGCGGCCGUUCGCGGCCUGGACGCCAUCUUUGCCCUGGUGCUGUUGGCCGAGUACUUUGACGAGUCGCUGGUGCUGCUGGCCGACGCGCUGUGUUGGCCGCUGGGGGCCGUGGUGACGUUCCCCCAUAACGGGAGGCCCAAGGGGUCUGUUCUGAGGUUGGGCCGUGGGGACAUGGAGCGGCUCCGUCAAUGGAACGCGUUGGAUUGGGCCCUUUACGUCCAUUUCAAUCGAUCCUUCUGGGCCCGCGUGCGGCGCUUCGGCCUCGCCAGGAUGGAGCGGGAGGUGACGAGGCUGAGGGGGCUGCGGGAACAAUGGGCCCAACGCUGCCUACAAGGGGGGGGACCCCUCCCCGCAGCCGCCAUCUUGGAUCGGAACCUGAAGCCGUUCCAGCCGGGCCAGGGGGCGGCUGCUGUGAUGGGGUACGAGCUCAGGGCCGACCUGGGAGCCCGGGACAGGGAGACGUGUGAGAGGAUGGCGACCCCCGAGCUGCAGUACAAGGACCGGCUGCACAGGAGGCAGUUCGGGCCCAACGCAACCAACGGGUAGAGCCGGGAUGUGGGGGGUGCGAUGGGACGGCAAUGGGGGCAGUGGGACGGGGGCGACCCAUAAGGGGGAUGGGGUGAAUGGUUUCCACAUUGGGAGUCAUGGGGACCCCAUUGGGAGUCAUGGAUCCCCAUUAAGUGCCAUGGAUCCCCAUUAGGAGUCAUAGAUCCCCCAUUAGGUGCCAUGGAUCCCCAUUAGGUGCCAUAGAUCCCCAUUGAGAGUCAUGGGGACCCAUUGGGAGUCAUAGAUCCUCAUUAGGUGCCAUGGAUCCCCAUUGGGAGUCAUGGAUCCCCAUUGGGAGUCAUGGAUCCCCAUUAGGUGCCAUAGAUCCCCAUUAGGUGCCAUGGAUCCCCAUUAGGAGUCAUGGAUCCCCAUUACGUGCCAUGGAUCCCCAUUAAGUGCCAUGGAUCCCCAUUGGGUGCCAUGGAUCCCCAUUGGGAGUCAUGGAUCCCCCAUUAGGUGCCAUGGAUCCCCAUUAGGAGUCAUGGAUCCCCAUUAAGUGCCAUGGAUCCCCAUUGAGAGUCAUGGAUCCCCAUUAGGUGCCAUAGAUCCCCAUUGGGAGUCAUGGAUCCCUAUUGGGACAGCCCUGUGCCUUAUUUUCCCCAUCAGGUACUAUGGAUCCCCCAUUAGGUGCCAUGGAUCCCCCACUGGGAGUCAUGGAUCCCCAUUGGGUGCCAUGGAGGCCCCAUAGGGACAGCCCUGUGCCUUAUUUUCCCCACUAGGUACCAUGGAUCCCCAUUAGGUACCAUGAAUCCCCCACUGGGAGUCAUAGAGGCCCCAUUGGGAUGGCCCUGUGCCUUGUUUUCCCCAUUAGGUGCCUUGGAUCCCCAUUGGGAAUCAUGGAUCCCCCAUUAGGUGUCAUGGAGGCCCCAUUGGGAGUUAUGGGGACCCAUUAGGACAGCCCUGUGCCUUGCUCUCACCACUAGGUGCUGUGGAUCCCAAUUGGGAUGGCCCUGUACCUCACUUUAACCACUUUAACCUGUGCCAUGGAUCCCCAUUGGGAGUCAUGGAUCCCCAUAGGGACAGCCCUGUGCCUUAUUAUCCCCACUAGGUGCCAUGGAUCCCCAUUAGGUGCCAUGGAGCCCCAUAGGAACAGCCUGUGCCUCAGUUUCCCCACUGGAAUCCAUGGCUGCCCCAUUGGGACUCAUGGAUCCCCUAUAGGCUGCAAUGGAUCCCCGUAGGGACAGCCCUGUGCCUCAGUUUCCCCUAUAGGCAAUAAGGGCUCAUUAUGGGAUGGCCCCAUGCCCCCCCCGUUACGGUACAGCCCCCCCCCCCCGUUCCCAUAACGGCCCCGCAGUGUCCGCUCCCCGCUUGGUGCCUCACUUUCCCGUCCAUUCAUAAACCGGCUCCGCUCGCGGAAGCCCCGCCCCCCUCCAUUCAUACUUUUGUAUCUCGCCGGCAAUAAAAACCACUAGUAGAACGCUGA